UGUAUACUAAGGGGUGUUAAUAUUAACACUGGGGAUUUUGCUGUGUACUAUGACAGAGCAGAAGACUACUGGGGGUCAGGAGGCCAUGAGGAGCAGAGACAGGGAACACAGAGAAUUCAGGGAUGGCCUCCAUGGCCAUGAUAGAGCAGACAGAGAGCACAGAGAAUUCAGGGAUGGCCUUUGUGGCUGCGUGGCCAUUGAAGCUUGGGGCAUACAGGUCAUACAGAUGUGCGCACAAUGGCCAGUCAGAAUGCCAGUGGUGAUGAGCAGAUGCAACUGAUCCAAGUUGACCCCGUCCGAAGGAACAUUUCACUGGCGCUGACCCAGAUCUUUGUUUGGCCCUUUAUCUACCUCAUCUUCCUCAUGCUCUUAAUAUUCUCCAAGAAAGAGACUUUCAGAACAGAGACACGCUAUAUAUUGUUUGGUCACUCUCUCUUGGUAGACCUAAUAUUUCUUUGUCUGACAGAUUUUGUGGUGCUCUUAUCAUACAACUUUGUUUUAUUACCUCUGCAUUUCUGUAUCCCCAUAUGCAUGUUAAUGGAAGCUAUCACAGCAUGUGCACCACUGACUAUUAUAGCCAUGUGCGUGGAGCGCUAUGUGGCCAUUUGCAUGCCUCUCCGACAUCAUGCGAUCUCCACCUCUAGAAGAGCCAUAAUGGUGAUUUUAAUGAUUUGGAUCCUGAGCUCCAUAAACCCCUUUGUUGAUAUGUUCAUUCUCAUCAGCACUGCCUCUCGUGAAUACUUGUCUCAACUCACACACUGCCACUAUGAGAUUAUGAUUCCGGAUAAGAUUCGUCAUUUUGCUAGGGGUCUGUUGUAUAUUGUGGGGCUUGUGGCUAUUUUGAUCAUUGAAGUCUUUUGUUAUGUAAUGAUAUAUAUUGCUGCACGUGCAGCAUCUGGUGACAAUAAGAAGUCAGCAGCAAAAGGGCAGCGAACCAUUUCCCUCCACAUCCUUCAGCUGUUUUUAUGUACUGCCGAGGUGAUGUGCCCUUACAUUGAGAAUGUAGUUAUGGAGUAUGAUAUUCAAUCAUAUCUGACUGUCCGAUUUAUAAAUUUCCUGGCAUUUAGUAUCACUUCUAGAGCAGUAAGUCCUCUCGUCUAUGGGUUCAGAGAUGAGAAAUUCUAUGCAGCUAUGGCUUACUAUAUCAGAUGCAAAAACAACACCAUCUCAUCUGACACAACUAAACAAUCAUGAUUAUCUUUUAGUAAAGUCUUACAAUCAAACUACAUGUUUUUUAAACGUUUUUAAAGUGCCCAUGUGAUUUUAACAGGCCUAAAUGCAUGUCAUAAAGUUAUUUGUAUCAUAUCACAUAUUCUUCAGAACAUUCUUUUCUCCAGUUUUGAUUUUAAAAAAUGCAUUAGAGUGGCUAUAAUAUUCCAUGUAAAAUCAUGCAGAGGUUGUAUUUGUCUGGCCAGUAAGGUCUUUGGAAGGUACCUCUCAGACGCAGUAUGUUGUUUAAUAGCGACCUCUGUUGGUCCGAUUGAGCAUUAUUUUCUGUACAUCAUAUACAUGUAAAUGUAUUAAAUGAAAGUCAAUUAUUUCUGUAUAAAUACAAUCUACAUAUAAGGAAAACACAUAGCACAUAUAGCAAGUGUUUUAGGUAGUCUUUUGGUGAACAUCAUUGACGAACAACAAUGUAAAUAUGCACAAAAAAAUAUUGACUCAAACUCAACAAAUUUAGAUUUUGGAUUUUUCAGUUGUUUUGUUUUCUAAA